UUCUGCGGAUUAUCCGCGGCCGCCCGGACCGCUCUGCGGAUUACCCGCGCGCUCCGUUGUCCAGAGGCGCGGAGUCCCCCGUGCAGACUUCUUCCCUCUCCUCUCCGGACCCGGAAGUCCCCGAGGAUGCGGUUUCCGGCGCGCUGGGGGCCGGUGCUGCUGCUGCUGCUGCUGCUGAGUACCCCCGCGCAGCCGAGCCCCUGUCCACAGCCCUGCGCCUGCUACGCGCCCACUGAGCUGCACUGCACCUUCAGGUCGCUGGCCGCGGUGCCUGCCGGGAUUGCGCGGGACGUGGAGCGGAUCAACCUGGGGUUCAACAGCAUCCAUGCGCUCUCAGAAACGUCCUUCGCGGGCCUGACGAAGCUGGAGCUGCUGAUGCUCCAUGGCAACGAGAUCCCGGCCAUUCCCGACGGGGCUCUUCGAGACCUGAGCUCGCUGCAGGUGCUCAAGUUCAGCUACAACAAGCUCCGGGUGGUCACGCGGCGCACCCUGCAGGGCCUGUCCGGCCUGGUGCGGCUGCACCUGGACCACAACCAGCUGGAGUUCAUCCACCCGCAGGCGCUGGCCGGGCUGACGGCUCUGCGCCUGCUGCACCUGGAGGGGAACUCGAUCCAGCACCUGCACCCGGGCACCUUCGCCACCUUCUCCGUGCUCGGCCACUUCCGGCUCUCCACCCUCCGCCACCUCUACCUGGGGGAGAACCGGCUCAGCAGGCUGCCGCAGGGCAUGCUGGGAGCCAUGCCGCUGCUGGAAAACCUCUAUCUGCACGCCAAUCCCUGGGCCUGCGACUGCCAGACCGGCUGGUUCCGGAACUGGCCGGCGAGAUCCAAGGGGGUGCUGAAGUGCAAGAAGGACAAAGUUUACGACGGGGGUCAGCUGUGCGCCGCGUGUGCCACGCCCAGCACGUUCCGGAACCAGGAGCUUCACACGCUGAGUGACGUCACAUGUAGCAAACCCGCCUUGGAGUCCCCGCUGAGGCUCAACGGAAGUCGAGCCGACCCGGAUGAGGAAGAUGACGAAGGUGACGCACUGCUAGAGGAGACCGGAAACGCCCAGCUGCCCCGUGACGUCAUCCCCACCCCUGGGUGGAACCUCACCCUGAACAUGACGGACGAGCACGGGAACGUCAUCCUGCUGCUGUGUGACAUCAUCAAACCCGGGAGUCUGUCCGACGUGCACCUGAACCAGACGGAGGCGCUGGAAAUUGACGUCAUGGCCACCGUGGCUCUUGACGUCACGUGUCCGAUGACCCGGGAAAACUACGAAAAGCUCUGGAAACUGAUCGCGUAUUACAGCGAGGUUCCGGUCAAGUUGCACCGCGAAGACACGGCCAACGGCGCGGGGGCGCUUGCUUAUAAGCACCCGGGACAACUUGGUUAUAAGUACCGGCAGGACUCAGACGAGGAGACUCUGUACUACACUGGAGUCCGGGCCCAGGUCUACGCGGAGCCGGCCUGGGUCAUGCAACCCACCAUCGAGAUCCAGCUCAACCGCCGUCUGAGCUCCGCCCAGAAGGUGCUGCUGUCCUACCGUGCUCGGUACUCCCACACCGUGACCACCAAGGACAGCACCCAGGCUCGGGGCAGCAGCUGGGUGAUGAUAGAACCUGGGUCCGAGGCCCAGAGGAGCCAGGUUGUCCUGGAAGGCAGUUCCUACCAGCUCAGCUGUCACGUCAAGGCCUCCGAGAGUCCGUCCAUCUUCUGGAUCCUGCCCGGGGGCACUGUGUUACGAGCACCCACGGACGACGCGGACGGCAGGCUCUCCAUCCUCAGUAGCGGCUGGCUGAGGAUCAAGUCCGCGCGGCCCUCUGACUCGGGCGUGUACCAGUGCGUGGCCCACGUCACGGACGAAACAGACCGGACGGAGUACCGAGUACUGGUGCUGCCGUCCACGGAUACUGCCCCACGGGACUCGGUCCUCAGCACCGUCCACAAGCACCCCGGAGCCUCUGUCACGCUGCCCUGUUCGGAGUCCUCGGUCCCCGAAGCUGUCAUCAGCUGGCUGAUCCCCCAUAACCGGAUGAUCGGGCCCACGGCCAACACGUCACACGCACACCUGAUGCCCUCAGGGGCGCUGCACAUGCCACGCGUGCACGUGCGUGACACAGGCUACUACACGUGUGUGGCUGUCAACCGGCUGGGGUGGGACCAGUUCACGGUGGAACUGACAGUCCAGAACCGGUUCCCCAAAGGCGGAAGGCGACGUCAAGGCGCCAAGGGUUUUCCCAGAGUUCCCGGUGAUGUGGACGAUGACGAGAACGGCUCUGGACGGGAAGUGACGUCAUUAGGCACCGCUCCGAGCCCUGAGGACCGAGAUCGCAUCAUCGGGACCAACGAUGAUGCCCCAGGGGCAGAAAAAAGACCCAAAAAAGGGCGCAGGAAACCGAAACUGUGGGACAACCUAGAACAAGCACCCCCAGCACCCGACGAGGGGCACCGCAUGUUUGAAUCCCGGCGCAGGGUGAACGUGGCCAGCAAGAUCAACCCGGAGCGCUGGGCCCACAUCCUCGCCAGAGUCCGGGGCAAGAACCUCCCUCGGGCAACCCAAGCACCCAGGAGGACUCAGUCCAGCACUCUUCCUGCUCAAACCCCACCGGACAUGAGGUCUCUGGGCCCGGCCGUGUCUCCUCCUCCUACGUCGCCAGAGCAGACGGGAAACGCAGCAGACGAGGCCUCAGGACAUGCAUCUCUGUUCCAUGAAGCACCCUUGCAUACUCUGUUGAGCACUCUUCCCCCCCAAACCUCAGCGGAAACGAGAGUCCGGGGCAAGAACCUCCCUCGGGCAACCCAAGCACCCAGGAGGACUCAGUCCAGCACUCUUCCUGCUCAAACCCCACCGGACAUGAGGUCUCUGGGCCCGGCCGUGUCUCCUCCUCCUACGUCGCCAGAGCAGACGGGAAACGCGGCAGACGAGGCCUCAGGACAUGCAUCUCUGUUCCAUGAAGCACCCUUGCGUACUCUGUUGAGCACUCUUCCCCCCCAAACCUCAGCGGAAACUAUCUCUCUGGCCCCAGCCACGUCUCCUCCUCUUGUGUCUCCUGAGCAGAUGGGAAACACUGCAGAAGAGGCCUCAGGAGAUGAAGAACCACCCUGGAGUACUCAGACCAGCACUCUCCUCGCUCAAACCCCACCGGAAGUGACGUCUCUGGCACCAGCAGGGUCUCCCGCAACUUCCAAGCAGACGGCAAACAUGGCAGAAGAGUCGUCAGCAGAUGCAUCUGUGCUGGAUGAGCACGCUGAGCCCCGGGGGCCAAGCACAGAACUUUCUGGAGGAUUUGCAGAUGCAACUAUGAUGGAACCGUCAGCAGGGGACAGUACAGACUGGGAGACAGCGAUAGCGUCCCGUCGGGACUUGAUGACGUCCACUGAGGACCCAGUGAUGUUCAGUGUGGACCUGGUGGCCUACAGUGGGACGUCCAUUCAAGACCCGUUGACGUUCCGUGAGAACCCGACGACGUCAACCGAGGACCCAAAGACAUCCACCCAGGACACGAUAACGUCCAUUGAAGACCUGAUGACGUCCGCCCAGGACUCGAUGACGUCUACUGCUGACCCUGUGACGUCACCUGAGGAGCAGAUGACGUACACUCAGGUCCCCGAAGCCAGCGAUGACAAUUCUGCCCAGGAAGUCACUGUACAGGAAAGGCCCGGUGACGAUAUCUGGUCAGCGCCAGAUUCCACGACCUCACAGCCAGAGACCACGGGAGGCUUUGAGCACGACCAAGCACCCAGCACCCGAGGAGGUGAACUUAGCAUGGCUCCCGCCAGCAGCCCAAGGUCACCGGAAGGUCACACCCCAGUUGAAGGCAGAAGCCUAACCCAGGUCCAGGGAGAAAACCGACCCAACUAUGCCCAGCCAGGAAGGCCGGGCAGGAAGGGGGCACGGAAGCACGCACAGAGGGGCCGAACUUCCGGUAAGCCUCCCGAAAGUGCCCGGCAAAGUGCUGAACCAAGUGAACCAAGUGAGGACCAAGAUGCUAGGUCUCCUGAAAGUGGGAGGCAACAUGGCGGGCCACCGUCUCUGGUCCCCACUUUCAGGAGUAUUUUCCCCACAGCCCCUGCACCUGUGUGGACUGGAGAAAAACCCCCAGGAAGCACCCCAUCUGCCCUGGGGCCACGCAGGAGACCGGGCAGCAGGAAGAGGCCCCGCCCGCACCGCUUCCGGCCAGGGUCAAGCCCCCCGAUGACAUCACCCUCGCGAGUCCCCAACACGCAGGAGCCAACGUUGCUGAAAGCGUCCCCGGUGCCCAGCACGGCUCAGAUUCCCGAGAAGCAGCGGAAGCACCGGAAGAGGCCGCACAGGCCCCCCAUCACCGCGCCUGCCGUGACGUCAGCGCCGUGGGCAUCCACGCCCAACCUGCCACGUGACCGUAAACAAGAUGUGGCGCACUCCACUGUGGGAGGGGGACUUUCCUGGACGACCGCCCCCCGUGAUGUCGUUAAUUCCACGAACGCCGAAGACUCCAAUGACAUCACUGUUGUGGGAGACAAUACAGCCUCCUUAAAGCACCCUGUGUCGCAUAGUGUCGUCCUGGAUGACGUCAUUGGCCCAGCGAAAUCGGAAGGCUCGGAUGACGUCACUGGCACAGAAGAUUCCACAGACUCCUUAAAAAUCCGUCCAUCUCAUAAUGCCGUCACCAAUGACGUCAUUGGCCCAGGGCACUUGGAGGACUCAGCCGGUGUCGUUGGGCUCACGAACGCUCAACGCUCCGUUGACCUCAUUGACCCCACGGACAGGGAAGACUCAGAUGACGUCACUGACCCUGCAAAUACGGAAGACUCAGAUGACAUCGUUGGCGUGGGCACAUCUGCGGCCUCAGAAGUCCAUCGGUCUCCUCAGGACGUCCGGGAAGCCGUUCCCAGCACACGUCAUCCAGACGCAGAGGAAACCAAAGGCUAUGACGUCACAGUGCACGCUGGCGAUGCCAAGGAAAAAGCGGAUGACGUCACUACCGGCCCCGACUCCGGCCGCCCCCAGUCAGCACCCAACUCCGGUUCAGACACCAGCACUGCUCGUCCUGGUGACGCACCUCCAUUUCCCCGUCCGACUUCCGCCUGGACUGCUGCCCCCGUGACGUCACUCGCUCCCACAUCUGGGGUCCCGCCCACCCUGAGCCCAACCCUCCUGACACUCCAGCCUAGCACUGAGCGCCCAGCCAGGAUGACUGUGCACGGACCAAGUACCCCAGCCUCCACCUGGGCACCACGGACUUCGUCUCCACAACCAGAAGAGGACCCGGAAGUCCUUAUCAGCACGCAGAACCUUCUGCCUGGGGUCCCAGCCGCGGGUGACGUCACUUCCGGUGGGUUUCCAGAGCCCACCGAACCCACCCCGGGCACCUCGAGGCCAUGGCAGGCGACUACCCAGAAUCCCCAGCGGCACACUCCUUCUACUCAUCGUCCUGAAAUGAGCACCCGCCAACCCAGUGUCCGUGGAAUCACCACCCCCAGAUUAACCGAGUCCAGCACCCCGCACCCACCACAGCCACCCAGACCCCAGUUCCCCGGCAUGCAAGAGCCACUGACGCGAGUCAGCAGUCAUCUUCCUGAAAGGGCGCACCGCGUCCCUGGGCUCCGACCCAUGCAGCACCCCAGGCCUUGGUCCCCUCCACCCUGGGUCGCCCUUGGGCCCCCCGCACCACCGGUGUUCCACGGCCCCGCAUCCACCCUGAGCUCACACACCCCGCCGAUCAACCCCACCCGCGCGCCCUGGAGGACGCCCUCGGCACAGCCUCCUGAAAAUAGCCUUGCCAGUGGAUCCGUGCCACGGUUCUGGCCCCGCGGGGAACAACCGAGGAUCAGUACCCGGCCGCCCCCGACACUCUCAGUCCCCGCCGGCUCCGACGCCGUCCUCCACUGCGAGGCCACCGGGGAGCCCAGGCCGCUGGUGACGUGGAAGAAGCUGUCCACAGGGGCGCUACUGACUCCCCACACGCGGCUGCAGCGCUUCGAGGUGCUGCGGAAUGGGUCCUUGGUGAUCCGCCGGGUGCAGCCGCAGGACCACGGCCAGUUCGAGUGCUCGGCGCGCAACCUGCACGGCCUGGCAUCCACACUCGUCCUCCUCACCGUGUCCGCGCAGCCGCCGCGCAUCCUGCCCUGGGCUGCACACGACGUCACAGUCUACCUGGGGGACUCGCUGUCCCUGCGGUGCUUGGCGCAGGGGAACCCAGUACCCCACCUCGCCUGGAUCCUGCCGGACGGGUCGGUGCAGAGCUCUGCGACCCCCGGGGACGGGAACGGCACGCUGGGCAUCCGAGAUGUGACAUCAAAUGACAAGCUGAGCCUCCUCACCAUGACAUCAUCCGACAGCAGCACGCUGCAUGUGCGUGACAUGAGCUCAUCCGACAGCACGCUGCGCCUCCCCGACGUGAGGUCAGGUGACAGGAGGCUGCGGCUUCGUGACUUGACGUCAGCCAACAGGAGGAUGAGCCGCCGUGACGUCACAUCAUCACAGAGGACUCUGAGCCGCCUCGACGUGCCACCAGCCGACAGGCCACCGAAUCUUCGAGCUGUGACGUCACCGGCCAGCACACCAGUCGUUGGAGACGCGACGCUGCCUGAUGACACGUUGAGCCUCCGCGCCAUGACGUCACCCCACAGCAUGCAGAAUCGCCACGUUAUGACAUCAGCCGAGAGCACCCUGAGCCUCCGCGGGGUGACGUCGGCGGACCGUGGCGUGUACCAGUGCGUGGCCAGCAGCGCAGCGGGCACGGACCGCACGUCCCUGCGCGUGCACGUGGCCGCGCUGCCUCCCGUCAUGCUCCAGGCGCGCGCGGAGAUGCUGGAGCUCGAGGCCGGAAGGGACGCGCUGCUGCACUGCUCUGUGCGAGCCGCUCCCCCGGCCUCGCUGCGCUGGGUGCUUCCGGGCCGAGUGCACAUACGGCCAUCGCAGGUGCUGGGCCGGAAGCUCUUCCUCUUCCCCAACGGAACUCUCUACAUCCGGGACCUGGGGCCCCAAGACACCGGGCGCUACGACUGCGAGGCCGCCAACGCCCUGGGCUGGGCCCGCAGGACCGUCCGGCUCCGUGUGCAGAGCGCGGAGAGCACCGUGCACGGCACCCGUGAGACUCCACACAGCACCCUGGCCACCACCCCAGGGACCCUGCACGGCACCAGCACAACUCUGCACACCACCCGCACCACCGUGCACAGCACCGGGGAGACUCGGCGCAGCACCGAUGUGCCCUACGGAGCCCGGCUGCACCUGCACUGCGGGGCCAGUGGACAUCCUGGGCCCCGCGUCCUCUGGAGGCUGCCGUCCAAGCGCCUGUUGGACCCUCGCCUCAGCUUCGACAGCCGGGUCCAGGUGUUCAGCAACGGGACCCUGGUCAUCCAGUCGGUCACCGAGCAGGAUGCGGGCGACUACCUGUGCGUGGCCAGGGACAAGGCCGGGGACGACUACGCCGUCCUGAAGGUCAACGUGGUCACGAAGGCCGCCAAGAUCGAGCGCAAGGAGAGCAACGACCACCGGGUCCUGCAGGGCGGUACCCUGCAGGUGGACUGCGUGGCCACGGGGCUGCCGGACCCCGACAUCUCCUGGGGCCUGCCGGAUGGCCGGGUGCUGCACCCAGUGCUGCAGGGCGACGUCGGCUGGGGACGCAGCAAGCGCUACGUGGUGUUCAACAACGGGACUCUGUACUUCAACGAGGUGGGGGCCGGGGAGGAGGGCGACUACACGUGCUUCGCCGAGAACCGGAUGGGCAAAGACCAGAUGCGGGUGCGGGUCAAGGUCAUGGCUGAGCCCCCGAUUACCCGGGAGGGGAAGAUGACAGCGGGGUCCCCCGUUGUCCAGAACCCGGGGGCCGUGGCGGAGCCCCCGGUCGCCCAGAAGGAGGAGGUCAUCGCCCGACUCCCAUUUAUCCGGAACCCAGAGGUCACGACCCAGCCUCCAGUUAUCCGAAACGGGAAGGUGAUGGCCGAGUCCCCGGGUAGCCGGAACUCGGAGGUCACGGCCAACACUCUGCUUAUCCAGAACCCAAAGGUUGUGGCUGAGACCCCAGUUUUCCAGAACAGGAAGGUGGUGGCCGGGGCUCCGGUUAUCCAGGACACAGAGGUGACAGCCGGCACCCCGGUUAUGAGGAACUCACAGAUCCUGGCAAAGACCCCGUUUAUCCAGAACGUCCAGGUGGUGGCCGAGCCCUCCGUGACCCAGAACACCUACUCGGUGCUGCAGGUGCGCUACGGGGACAAGGUCACCGUGCCCUGCCGACCCCUUGGACACCCGGGCGCCAAGGUGACGUGGUGGUCGCCCACGAACAGGCAGAUCCCCGUGUCCUCCGACAAACACCAGGUGGAUGCACACGGCACGCUGCUCAUCCACAAGGCUCAGCGUUCGGACAGCGGGAACUACACGUGCUCCACACGCAGCAGCGCAGGGGAGGACCGGAAGACCGUGUGGAUCCAGGUCCAGGUCCGCCCACCCAGCAUCCGGAGACCAAGUGACGUCAGCGGCGGGAGGAGUGACGUCAGCACCAGGCAGAGUGACGUCAGCAGCGGGAGGAGUGACAUCAGCACCAGGCAGAGUGACGUCAGCAGCAUCGUGCAUGAGACGGCGGCUGAGGGAACCAGGAAACUAAUCAAUUGCCGAGCGGAAGGGAUCCCAAUGCCCACCGUCUUGUGGGCGUUUCCAGGAGGCGUCAUCCUCCCGGCACCUUACCAUGGCAACCGCGUUGUGGUGCACGGCAACGGCACCCUGGAUUUCCGGAGCGUGAGGAAGAGUGACUCCAUGGAGCUGCAGUGCAUCGCACGCAAUGAAGGUGGGGAGGCCCGGAUGACCGUGCGCCUCAGGGUGCUGGACUCAGUCAUCAAGCCCGUCUUCCAUCAGCUGAUCCACGAGCCGAUCACCGCCUCGCCCGGCCACACCAUCAGCCUCAACUGCUCAGCCUCUGGAAGUCCGCCACCCACCCUCUCCUGGGUGCUCCCCAACGGUACCGAGUUGCACGGCGGACAGCACCUACAUCGCUUCUUCCACAAGCGCGAUGGGAUGCUGCACAUCAGCCGGCUGGCAGCCGCGGACGCCGGGACGUACCGCUGCGUGGCCGGAAAUACGGCUGGUCACAGCGAGAGGCUCGUGAUCCUCAAAGUGGGGCUCACGCCGGAAGUCAGAACACUGGGAGUGGUCAAACCGGAAGUCAGGAAACCGGAAGUGAUCGCACCAGAUGUCAGCAAGCAUCACCCGAACGUGCUGAGCGUCGUCCAUGGGGAGACUCUGCUCCUGCCCUGCCCGGGCUCCAAGGGUCCCCACAGCCAUGUUUCCUGGACUCUGCCCAACGGGAUGAUCCUAGAAGCUUCCCAAAGCCGGGGCCGGGUUUCCAUCUCAGACGACGGCACGCUCACCGUCCAGCGGGUUUCCGUGUUUGACCGGGGCACAUACGUGUGCAAGGCGGACAGCCGGUCCGAUCCGGUCGUGACGAGCGUCCCCGUCAUCGUGAUUGCCUACCCUCCACGCAUCACCAGCGAGGCCACGCCCGUCAUCUACAUCCGGCCCGGAAACACCGUGAAGCUGAAUUGCCUCGCCAUGGGGAUUCCCAAACCGGAAAUCAGCUGGGAACUUCCGGACAAGUCUCGCCUGACGGCGGGGGCCCAGGCUCGGCUCCACGGAAACCGGUACCUGCAUCCGCAGGGGUCCUUGAGCAUCCAGCACGCCUCACACGGGGAUGCUGGUUUGUACAGGUGUACCGCCAAGAACAUACUAGGUGUGGAUGUGAAAACGAGUUACAUACAUGUGUACUGACACGGGGACGACGUUUUCAGAGCGCUUGUGGGAAUCUCCCAGGAUUCACGAAGAAUUUGGGUCUUUCGAAUUCCCAGCACUUUUGGAGCUCGGUGCAAAAAAAUAAAAAAUAGUUAUUUUACUUGAGGGGAAUGUCCUCCUGAAAUAAGCCUUAGGUUGCACACAGCACUGCCGGUAAUCAGCUUCACUUUUCCCAUAAUGCAACGUUAGCCUUACACGUGCUUUCCAGGUCCCGAUUUGUAAAUGUCUGCGUGUUUGUUUGGAAGCCGACACGGGGUCCAGAGACAGCAAUUCUUUCAGCCUGAUGAAAAGUCGUAAAUUAUUGGUCUUUACAAGACUUGGGUCCGUGACAGUGGAUACGGUGACGCGGUUCAGGGCAGAGUAUGUUGCCAAUUCCCAUCACCCCUUUCUGUGUCAUUUUCCCGUGGACCUCACAAGGAGCGGGAGGGAGACACUCGGGGGUCGCAUUUCCCGAAAAUUGGGAUUUCUGAAGAGGUUAGAAAGGGAAGGGGCGAAAAAGGAGUCAGGGCUGUCCACAAAGCUAAAUCUGGACUCUUCCAGAAAGUUCUGGAACCUUCCAGAAUCUUCUGCACUCUCCAGUUUUGUAGAAUCUUCUAGAAACUUCUACAACUUUUUAGACUACACCCAGAAGCUCUUAGAAUUUUCUAGAAUCUUCCAGAAGAUUCUGGAAUCUACAAUUUUCUGGAAUUUUCUAGAAAUGGUUGCAGUUUUCUGGAAUCGUCUACCAUUUUCUAGAAUCCUCCAGAAAGUUCUGGAACCUACAGUUUUCUGGAAUGUUCUAGAAAUGUUUACAGUUUUCUAGACUCUUCUACCGUUUUCUAGAAUCUUCCAGGAAGUUUUUAGGGUUUUGUAGAAUCUUCCAGAAUCUUCUGGAAUCUAGUUUUUUUGGUUUUUAGAAUCUCCCUGAAUAUUCUGGAACCUCCUACAAUUAUUUUAGAAUCUCUCAAAAGCAUUUUAUCAUUUUCUGGAAUCUUCCAGAAUUUUCUACAAUUUUAUAGAAUCAUCCAGAAUGUUCUGGAAUCUUCUUCAAAUUUUUUUAUAACCUUCCAGAAACUUUGUGGAUGUUCUAGAAUUCCCUGAGAAUCAUAUAAUUUUCUAGAAUCUUCCAGAAAGUUUAAGUUUUGUAGAAUCUUCUAGAAUCUAUUUUUUCUGCUGUUUAGAAUCUCCCCGAGUAUUCUGUGACCUCCUACAAUUGUUUUAGAAUCUCCCAAAAUCAUUUUACAAUUUCCUAGAAUCUUCCAGCAUCUUCUGGAACCAGCUACAGUUUUUUAAAAUAAUCUUCCAGAAACUUGUACAACUUUUGAGAAUCUUCCAGAAUCUUCUAGAAUCUUCCGUUUUCUGGAAUCUUUGGAAUCUCCUAUCAUUUUCUACGGUAUUUCAGAAUCUUCUGGAAUUGUCUACAAUUUUCCAGAAUCUUCUGGAACCUACCAUUUUCUGGAAUCAUCUAGCAUGUUGUGGGAAUCUUCUAGAAUCUGCCCGAAAUCUUCUACAAUUUUCUAGAAUGUUCCAACAACUCCUAAAAUUUCCUAGGAACUCAUCCCACCAUCUUCCGUUAACUUGUUUCCAGGUCCAAACUUUGUGUCCCCCUUCCGCUGUGGUGACGGUUGGGUAUUUUUUGGACAGAAGAACAGCUGCUGUGUCCGUGGCCGCGUCAUUGUAUUUUUUCUAAAGGUCAAUAUUCUGUAUAUUUGACAAUAAAAUCGUAUUUUCGAAAAAA